AUGCGGUUUUCACUCUUCACCGCAUGCGUCUAUUCGGGGGCCCGACGACAGACACCGCUGCAGUCCUGGUGCCGGUACCACGGGCAGGAUGCAUGCAGACAACAGCGUUUUUACACGCUCGGUGAGUAUUUGCAGCGGCUUCCGCGUGGUAUUCGUGAUUUGUUAUUAUGGUCACCGGCCAUCGCGGCGGCUUAUUUCAUGCUGUACAAACAGGCGGUGUACUUUCUUCCCUCCAUGGGACGUCAGCUGUUAAGCCGCCCAAUCACUCCCGCCACCGAGUCCAGCAACCGGAGUACGGAUAAGGCGCAGGGAAGCGGUGAACUGCGGGCUGUGAAGGUCCGCAUGGACGAUGCGUGUGGGAGUGUCGUGGAUGGGUUGCUUCUCCCGCUGGUGGACCGCGAGGAGGAGGCGGCCGUUGCAUCGUCAUCAUUAUCCCCGCCUAUUCCGCCGUUUUCUACGGGGGCCAUGAUGGAUGCAAUGCCGCUUCGGGCUGUACGCGACGUGGAUACGGGCAAAGUCUCUGGCUACACACGGCUGUAG